AUGAAGCUAAAGCAGCGAGUUGUGCUAUUGGCCAUCCUCCUCGUCAUCUUCAUUUUCACAAAAGUUUUCCUUAUUGACAACUUGGACACCUCAGCUGCCAACCGGGAGGACCAGCGCGCCUUUCACCGGAUGAUGGCCAGCCUCCAUGUCGAACUGGACCCCCGGCUUGACCAUACGUUGCAGUCCCCCUGGGAGAUUGCAGCCCAAUGGGUGGUGCCCCGGGAGGUGUAUCCCGAGGAGACACCCGAGCUAGGGGCUGUUAUGCAUGCCAUGACGACAAAGAAAAUAAUAAAAGCUGACGUGGGAUACAAAGGGACCCAACUGAAAGCUUUGCUGAUACUUGAAGGAGGACAGAAGGUUGUCUUCAAACCCAAGAGGUAUGCCAGGGAUUAUGUAGUGGAAGGAGAACCAUACGCUGGCUAUGACAGACACAACGCAGAAGUGGCAGCCUUUCACUUGGAUAGAAUUCUGGGUUUCCGACGAGCUCCACUGGUGGUUGGCAGGUUUGUGAAUCUACGUACAGAGAUCAAACCAGUUGCCACAGAGCAACUUCUGGGUACCUUCAUGACUGUGGGUAAUAACACUUGCUUCUAUGGAAAGUGCUACUAUUGUCGGGAAACAGAACCAGCUUGUGCAGAUGGGGACAUCAUGGAGGGGUCAGUGACUCUGUGGUUACCGGAUGUCUGGCCUCUUCAGAAGCAUCGGCACCCAUGGGGUAGGACUUACCGUGAAGGCAAACUCGCCAGAUGGGAGUAUGAUGAAAGUUACUGUGAUGCUGUGAAGAAGACUUCACCCUAUGACUCGGGCCCUCGUCUCCUUGAUAUCAUUGACACCGCUAUCUUUGACUAUUUGAUUGGGAAUGCUGACCGGCAUCACUAUGAGAGUUUCCAGGAUGAUGAAGGAGCCAGUAUGCUCAUCCUCCUGGAUAAUGCCAAAAGCUUUGGAAACCCUGCCCUGGAUGAAAGAAGCAUCUUGGCUCCUCUUUAUCAGUGCUGCAUCAUCCGGGUUUCUACCUGGAACAGACUCAAUUACCUGAAGAAUGGAGUACUGAAAUCUGCCUUAAAAACUGCUAUGUCUCAUGACCCCAUCUCACCAGUGCUUUCUGACCCUCAUCUGGAUGCCCUAGACCAGCGGCUUCUCAGCAUUCUGGCUACAGUGAAGCAGUGCACAGACCAGUUUGGGCCAGAUGUUGUGCUGGUGGAAGACAGGAUGACACUGUCUCAUUUGUAAUUGUAGUGGAACACAGAUGAAACUCCUUUUUUAAAAACAAACAAACAAACAAAAAAGUGAUAGAAAAACAGCACAAUCAGUUCAGAAAGGCUGUGGCCAAGAUGGACUGAAAUGAACAGGAAAGUUUCUGAACCAGAGGAACAGAGGUGACGCUGGCUUUUACCUUGGGCUGACAGCAGUGAGAGGUGGGAAGUGGGAGCCUUGGAUGGCUCAGUACCCGUAAUGGCAUCUUGGCCGUUGUGGCGUGUCCAUUGCCGGCAGUGGACAUUGCACUGGAUAAAAAUGGCUCUUGGUGUUGGUGGAAGUGUGUGGAAUACAGACACUAAUUUGUGGACUGAAUCUACAGGGGACAAACAGAGAUGAACAGUAUGAUCCUCUCCCCUUCUCUUCUUCACACAUACUCUUGCGAGUUUUUGUCUGAUUCAGGGUUGUACAUAAUCAGCUGUGAGC